AACUUUUACAUAAAGUGAUGCUACACAUAUUAAUAACCUUGGUAUAUCGUCAUAUGCAUUAGCCAGCACAAAACACAAGAUAGCAAAAACAGAAACAACACCUAGCUAGCUACCGAGUGCACCAACGAGGAGCUAGUGAAGUGAUGGCCCUUGCAAAAGAUGAAGAUCACAACAACGGCGAGAAGGGUCCUUGUAGCCACUUCCUCGUGGUGGCCUACGGCAUCCAAGGCCACCUCAACCCAGCGCGUACUCUGGCCCGUCGCCUCGCUAGUAUUGGUGGCUGCACCGUCACUCUAUCGCUUCCAAUCUCCGGUCACCGUCGCAUGUUCCCCUCCAACGAGAACUCUCAUGAGGAGGUCAGCGACGGCGCCAUCUCCUACAUCCCUUUCUCUGAUGGCAAAGAUGAUGGAAGUUGGCCCAAGGACGUAGAAGACCGCACGCAACGCCGCGAAGCAAACUUCAAAAGCCUCUCAGCUGUGGUCAAGAGCCUCGCAGCUAGUGGCCAGCCGGUCACCUGCAUGGUGUGCACCCUUAGCAUGCCGGUAGUGGUUCAAGUAGCUCGUGAGCACAGGCUUCGGCUCGCCGUCUAUUGGAUCCAACCGGCAACCGCUCUUGCCACCUACUACCACUAUUUCCACGGUCAUGAGGAGCUCAUCACCCAACAUGCCACCACUCCGACAUAUGAGGUAACCCUUCCAGGCCUACACCCUCUUAGAAUCCGUGACAUGCCGACCUUUUUCACUGAAAAGACGCACAACGAGGUGUCUAAGAUGAUCCUCCAAGCGUUGCAUGAAUUGUUCGAACAAAUGGAUCAAGAGAAGCCAAUGGUUCUGGUGAACACAUUUGACGCAUUGGAAGAUGCAGAACUAAAAGCAAUCCAGCCAUACGUGGAUGUAUUUGUUGUAGGGCCCGCAAUUCCUCCUCUUACUGCACUACAACGCCGAAACGCGAGUGAAGCACAGAUCCAUCUCUUUAAGCAAGAUGAGAAGAACUACAUGGAGUGGCUCAACGCACAACAGGAGAAGUCAGUGGUAUACUUGUCAUUCGGUAGCUUAAUCACAUAUACUAAGCGACAAGUGGAAGAGAUCUUGCAUGGCUUACAGAGUUGCCGGCAGCCGUACUUGUGGGUGGUGCGCGGAGAGGGGCGUGCGGAGGAGGCGGAUUUCCAUCUGGGGGAGGCAAAUCGGGGCAAGGGGAUGGUGGUGGAGUGGUGUGACCAGCUACAGGUCUUAUCGCAUCGAUCAGUAAGGUGCUUCGUCACGCACUGUGGGUGGAACUCAACGUUAGAGGCCAUAGCGUCUGGUGUGCCAAUGGUAGCUGUGCCAUGUUGGUCAGACCAGCCGAUGAAUGCACAUCUGGUUGAACAGGAAUGGGGUGUGGGUGUUAGGGCAGAACGUGAUGCAGAGGGGGUCCUAACAAGAGAGGAACUUGUGAGCUGUCUAGAGUUCUUAAUGGGUGACAGUGAGAAGGCGGCGCAAAUAAGGGCAAAUGCGAAUAAUCUGAAGGAGAGAGCGCAAGAGGCAGUAGCUCCUGAUGGGCCAAUGGAAAGAAACCUUCGAAGAUUUAUAAAGAGAAUGCAAGAUCUAGGCAGCAUGCAUCAGGAAAACGAAUCUGUCAACAUCUUCAACUUGAUACAAUAAGAUAUAGCAUAGUCUUGGCAACGAGUAUUUCUCCAGGAAAUCAAGAGUUUUUUUUUUUGUUUUCAGCAUAUGGAUAUGACCUGAUGUACUUCUGCGCUUUUACGAAAACCAAUGUUCGGUUUGAUUUAUGUUCAAAAUGUUUUUUUAUUUUGAUACUUUUCUA